AUGGAUGGUGAGACCAUCAAGAUUCCCAUCACUUGUCUUCGGUUUACUGCGCCGGAUGACGGCCUGCCGUGCACAGACGACUGGGUGGGAUGUUUCGAAUCCAUGUUAUUUGGAGGUGUUGACUUGCAACGUGAGCCUCUGGAUGUAUCAAUGCAGCCAGAGACAGGCUGGACACGAUCUACCGUGGUGGCAACCUUCUUGCUCGCCGCCAGUGAACUCGAUUUGUCAGAGCCAAAGAACCAGGAGAUCCUGAAGCCGCUGUUCAAAGUUACCAUGGGAAUGGACGCAGCAGCACGUUCGUUCAGGAACCUGACAUUAUCGUACCGUGGAAGCGAACGUCAGCCUCCAAACACAUUGCAGCUCGCAUUGCGAUUUUCGGUGGUGAUGGAGGAGCGUGCCAACAACGGCGAACACCACAGUGGAAUGAGCACCGAGGAUCGGCUCAGGGAUGUGAUCUACAGCUUUCACAUGUCUCCAGGACUUCAGGCGAAGCACCGCUUGGACGACGAGAAGAUCAAGUCGGUCUACAACAUUGUGGCCGGGACAUGCUCCGAGAGCCGGGCUGUGAUGCGGUGCCACUUGGACCACAGCAAAUGGAGAGAAUGCGCUUUCUCAACAGAACAACUCCGGGGGCAAAGAUGGCUUUUGGGCGCCAGCCCCAAAGCUCAAGGGUGUCCGCCUGAAUUGAAGAGAUGCUUGACCGUGAGCAAUGAGUCCCAAAAGAUGCAUUUGCAGCUGGUGGUCCACUCCUACGUGGAGGCAGGAAGGCGUUUGCGCCCUGCAGCUCGCCCGCGAAUGCGCCUUUCUUCAACUCAGUUCGAGAACUACGCUGACUUUGCGUGCAUGUACGCCACCGCCUUGGCAGAUGCCCGAUUGCUGUCCACCUGGACUCCGGAAAAAGAGGCCCUGGUCAUGAAGGCCUUUUUCCAGAAGGACUACAUGUCUGAUGUGGAAGCAGUGGUUGCUUCUAAGCUCUCUUCAUGGAAACUCACCCAUCUGGGCUUGUGGGUGGACCUCAUCGAGCCCCCAGCCACCCCGGUGAAGCCUUGCACCACCGCAGAGCUGAUGGAAAUGGAAGACCUUGCAGCUGCGGCAAAAUUUCGUGAAGUGAAGGCAAAGAUCGUGCAGGACAUGACUGACAUGGCCAUCCACAACGUCCAGCUAGCAGAAACUGAAAGGAGGGCCCAUGUUGUCAUGGUCAUGCAUGAAAAGGCCCAAGCACAGAUCGGCAAAUCGCUGUGUGAAGCCCACAUGGAAAAGUAUUGUCGGGUUUCCUUCACCACCCAGAGUGCGCCUUUGGAUUCCAAGCUGGAGCAUAUCUACCGCAGUGCUGCAUUGCAGCGAAAGGUUGAAGUGGGCCAACUGCGAACUGUGCUUUACAUCGACUGCACAAAGCUUGGGGUAGUGAGCCAAAUAGAGAUCAACAUGAUCGGUGACCUCGCGGAGUCGGUGCUCUUUCGCAACCCUUCCCGUUCGAUCCUGGUUCUCAUACCGCCUCUGUUGGUUGGAUCAGACGCAGCAGGGUCUUUGAGGAAGGAUUGGAGGAAGUUGGAGGACAAGCUGCUUGCGGUGAAGGUAGAGCUCAGGCCGUGGACCCUGAACCUGAACCAGGAUGACCUGCAUAAAAACAGGGAGCUGCCUUCAGCUUUCGUUUGCUUCUUGGGCGUGCCGGAUUCAUCUCUCCCUACAAAAGGGACGGCCCAUAGAAGUGUCAGGGGCAAUCCCGAGGUUGACAAGAAGGACAUCAAUGUGUUCUGCAGCAGCCACCUUUGGUUGCGACAGGCGCUGGCGAGUGGCACAUUUCCGGCUGCAUUGCAGGAAGGUGAUUUCAUUGUGCCUGGAGACACCCUACACUGCAACGACUCGAGGCGCAACUACACAGAUUUCCAGGAAACAUCGCAGUGGCUUGGCGGGCCUGCAGUGCCAAAGGCGAUUCUUUCAAACCUGUGUGGUGAGAUGAAGAGUGGCGAUGGUGUGGUGGUGGUGCACCCUACAUGCUAUGAUGGCGCAGUGGAACUGGCUGGGCUUCAGCUGGGCUUUGCUGUCGCAGGGUCGUCGUCUGUGGAAGCUCAUCACAAGUGUGCACAGGAUGUGGUCAAGACACACCUCCUCAAGGCUUGGAAGACAUCGGCUGCCCCCAUGGAUCGCCAAACACCUCGCUACAAGAAAGAUGUGGCGCAGGAAGAUCUUCCCAAGAAGGUUGAGAAGCCAACCCUCCGGGUGUGUCAGAUUGACAACCAAAAGCUGCUGCUGCCACGGGAUGUAAGGCAGAUGUUCUUGCAGGACCCGGUGUGGGCCCCGGAAUGGCGAGAGCUGCUUGUGAAGUUUGACCAGCAAUGGUCAACAAAUGGAGUGGCAGCCGAUGGACCAGUCACAUCCAAUCCGGCACCAUCAAACGAUGUGGCAAAGGCUGAGGGGACUGCUGAGGGGGAGGUGAAGUCUGAAGGCUUUGAUUGGGACGCGGUCUUUCCUGGAGAGCCUACAAGCCUGGACAAGCUCCAGGCAAAGCAUGGGGCAGAGAACCUGACCGAGAUGCCUGGUAUUCAGAACACGACUUUCCUUGUGGGGCCAGGACCUACCCUCUACCUCUUAGCCAAGGAGGUGACAAUCCUAAAGCCGUGGGAGGCCCCUCUGAUCAUGCACGGUGCAGGGGUGUGGCUCAUUGGGGACAAGGCUCGCAAGUUCAGCGCCAGCAGUCCGAACAAAGGCAUCCCGUGCUCGUGGACUGACGAUGAGCCGCUGGUAUGCAUUGAGGACCUAGCCUUCAAAAAGAAUCUAGAUAAUGCAAAUGAGAUGAUGGUUUCAGUUGCAUCAGAUCGAAUCAACUAUAAUCAGCUAGUUGCUGGCCAAACAGGGCCCCUGUUCUCCAAUUUCUUGCUUUGA